GGCGACCCGGCCCGCAGAGCCGGCGCCAGCGGGCUGCUGAGGUGGCCGUCGCCGGCUCGGAAUUGCAGCUGCCCCGGGCCGAGCCCCCGAUGGAGGCCGAGGCCGCGGACGGCCCCGCGGGCGGGGUCGAAGCAGCGCUCAGCUGCUUCUCUUUCAACCAGGACUGCACAUCCCUAGCAAUUGGAACCAAAGCCGGUUAUAAGCUGUUUUCGUUGAGUUCUGUGGAGCAACUGGACCAAGUCCAUGGCAGCAAUGAAAUCCCGGAUGUCUACAUCGUGGAGCGCCUCUUCUCCAGCAGCCUGGUGGUGGUGGUCAGUCACACGAAGCCGCGGCAAAUGAACGUCUACCACUUUAAGAAAGGCACGGAGAUCUGCAAUUACAGCUACUCCAGCAACAUCUUGUCCAUAAGGCUGAACCGACAGAGGCUGCUGGUGUGCCUGGAGGAAUCCAUUUACAUCCACAACAUCAAAGACAUGAAGCUGCUGAAGACCAUCCUGGAUGUUCCUGCAAACCCAACAGGUCUGUGUGCCCUCUCGAUCAAUCAUUCCAAUUCUUACGUGGCUUAUCCUGGAAGCCUGACCACAGGCGAGAUUGUGCUUUAUGACGGACACUCCCUGAAAACAGUCUGCACGAUUGCGGCCCACGAGGGGACGCUGGCCGCCAUCACCUUCAACGCCUCGGGCUCCAAGCUGGCGAGCGCUUCUGAGAAAGGCACGGUCAUCCGGGUGUUCUCCGUACCUGAAGGGCAGAAGCUCUAUGAGUUUCGGAGAGGAAUGAAAAGUCCCCACGCUGCUCUGCGUUCUAGGUAUGUGACCAUCAGCUCCCUGGCCUUCAGUAUGGACUCACAGUUCCUCUGCGCCUCCAGCAACACCGAGACCGUGCACAUCUUCAAGCUGGAGCACCUCGCCAGCAGCCGACCCGAGGAGCCUGCGACCUGGAGCGGCUACAUGGGAAAGAUGUUCAUGGCAGCUUCCACCUACCUCCCCGCCCAGGUGUCAGACAUGAUGAACCAGGACAGGGCCUUCGCCACCGGGCGUCUGACUUUCUCCGGACAGAAGAACAUCUGCACCCUCUCCACGAUCCAGAAACUGCCGAGGCUGUUGGUCGCAUCCUCCGACGGACACCUUUACAUCUACAACCUGGACCCUCAGGACGGAGGAGAGUGUGUCUUGAUCAAGACUCACAGGUUGCUUGGCUCAGGAACCACGGAAGAGAAUAAAGAAAAUGACCUCAGACCUUCAUUACCUCAGUCCUAUGCAGCGACAGUAGCCAGACCAAGCGCAUCUUCCGCCUCCACGGUGCCAGGUUACUCUGAGGACGGCGGGGCGCUCCGCGGAGAGGUUAUUCCCGAACACGAGUUUGCCACGGGACCAGUGUGUCUUGAUGAUGAGAAUGAAUUCCCCCCUGUGAGCAUUAGGAAUCCUUAAGAGAGCGGCUCAGUCUGUGUGCUUCCAGGGAAGCCUUCGCCUGGGGCAGGAGGCGCGGGCCCUUUCCCCAUCGGCUAGUGUAGAGCUAACCCUCCUAAUGCCCAGAGGCCCGAGUGCUGGUCGUGCUGCGCGCCGCCCUCUCUGCAGACCAGCCCGCAGGUGGCGCUCCACACGGCAGCACCGAGUAACAAACACUAACCCAGGUGGUCUGGUGGCCUCGCUCGCUACCUCCGGGCCGGAGUCCUUGACUUGGCUUCCUUAGCACUGUCUUGGCUGCUGGGUGCACUCUUCGUUUCCUGAGGCUCCUGAGGGUGCUUUUGCAGAACGCUGUGGUCUCUGGACAAAAGAUGGUGACCUAACAGGGCUGGGCCACUCUGCUCUGCCCUCCAGCCGACAGGGCAGACCCCAGCCUCAGCGGCAGCAGCUACAGUCCUUGUUCACUCAUGGCCAGCCCCUGUGGAGAGACACCCCCCCUGCCCUUCCCCCCCCCCCACCGCCCGCAGCUCUCUGGGGUUCCAGCAUCCUGCUUCCCCUGUCCUGGCAGCGAGGGCCACGGGCUGGCUGGGCGCUGGGCGCUGGGCUUGGCUUCCAGCACCCCUGUACAAACAGCAGGUCCUCUCCCUGGGUGGCCAUGGCCGCCUUCGCUUCUGAUUCUUCAAGCUUCCAUUUAAGGCAACAUAUAGAUGCCUCUUGUGAGCUUCAGUUCAAGGACAGCCCAGAUAGUGGACCUGAAAUCGGUUAGAGACAGGAGCAGCGCUUGGGCCGAGACUUGGGGAGUCCGCUGAGGGACCCGGAGGCAGAGCCACGGCCACUGGGCACUGCUACAGGGCCCCUUAGGUCCUGGUGUGCAAUGUUGUCUCCUGAUCAGCACUUUCUAUCAGUGGAGAUUCCUUUUGCAAAAGGAUGUUGUGCAGGUCUGGCUUCUGGCUUGCAUAGACCCAUAAGGACAACCUAGUAAGCACAGUCACUACAAAAAAGGGGGGGUGUUGUGGGACCCCCAGUGCAUGGCUUGGGGGCUGUGUGAGAUCCCACAGGGGCAGAGGUUGCAGGGUGAGAUUUACACUCUGGCUCUUAGUCGGCCGGCCCCCGGAUACAGUGCCAACAAGGAAGGUUUUUAGUUUAGGGGUGGAAAGCGGUGGUUCUUAAAAAUACUAAUUGUUAUAAAUUUAAAAACCUCUGCUGGCUUGCUGCCUCCGAUGUGCCAGGUGCCUUGCCUUUGGGUUCUCACGCCCCACCAACCGUAAAGGUUUUUUUUUUCCCAUCA